AUGUACAAACGAAUCAACAAACGUAUCAGGAAAAAAGAAAAAGAGGAGGAGCUUGGCCUAGACGAUGAAACCAAAGAAAUAUUAGGAAUGCAAGAAACCGAUUCGGACGAGUCCGACUCAAGUGAUGAGGAACAGUCUGACGAAGACUCGGUGGAAUCUGAUACUGACGAGGAGAGGUUGGAAGUUGGACGGACCCACAGAGAGCCUGAAAUGUUUUCUGAUAACAGAGAGUCUGAUACUGAAGGUUCGAGCGGGGCCGAAACGGAAGACUUAGAGGUUGAAGACGAAGAAAUGGCUGAUGACAAACCUCCUAUGACAGUAUCCGACGCUCUUAGAGAUCCCCUUUAUUCGAUACAGAAAGGCUCUGACGUGCAGGGAUUUCAUGUAGAGUCCUCAUCGCACCUACGAAGGAUGAAGCGAUUUGCAACCUUGUCCGCACGUAUAGGAGAUGAAGAAGACGACCCGAGGCUAUUAGUUGCCGCAUUGGAUCAAUCCGCGCGAAUUGCCCCGAAAGAAACGACGAUUAAAGCCUCAAACGAUCCAAAAAUAUCUAAGAAAGAGCGUCGAAUGGCCAAAAGAGAGCGCCGAAAGGAGCGCAGAGUUGUCAAACAGGCAGACGAGCAAGUCCAAGGAAAGACAACCCCCAAGGCUCAACCGAAGACCGACCGCGUGUUGGAAAAGAAAAUAGUAAACCGACAUUCCGAGGCGAUAGCCAAACACAAGUUUGGCAUGCGCGUCUUUGCUACAGCGCUCACCCUUGCCACUGCGGCACUCGCCCUUAUUCCGGGUCGCUCCAGCUUCGAGCGUCGGCAGUCGGCCAUCGACAGCUACAUCACGACACAAACCCCUAUCUCGAAGGCAGGUCUUUUGGCUAAUGUUGGUGCUGAUGGCUCCAAAGACCAAGGCGCGAAGUCGGGUGUAGUUAUUGCGUCGCCUUCCAAGACUGACCCGGACUACGUCUAUGCUUGGACCCGCGACUCUGCAUUGGUCUUCAAGCUCCUGGUCGACCAGUACACUCAGGGUCGUGACACGACCUUGAACACCCAGAUCCGCAACUGGAUUGCCUCGCAAGGGCGUAUCCAGCAGGUAUCCAAUCCUUCCGGAUCCGUCAGCUCUGGUGGACUUGGGGAGCCCAAGUUUAACAUCGAUGAGUCCGCUUUCACUGGCGCAUGGGGUCGUCCUCAGCGCGAUGGUCCAGCACUUCGUGCUACAACCAUGAUCACUUAUGCCAACUUUGUUGGUGCCUCUGACACCUACGUUACUGGUACCAUCUGGCCAAUGGUUAAACUCGAUCUCGACUAUGUUGCAAAAUACUGGAAUUCGACUGGCUUUGACCUCUGGGAAGAAGUUUCUGGCUCUUCUUUCUUCACUACUGCCGUCCAGCACCGUGCUCUUCGUGAGGGCGCCAAGUUUGCUACUGCUCUCGGCGACUCAGGUCGCGCUUCGACGUAUACCGCCCAAGCCGCCAACGCUCUCUGCUUCCUCCAGAGCUACUGGAAUCCCAACGCCAAGUUUGCGUCAUCGAACGUCAACGGUGGAUCCGUCAUUCGCUCCGGACUCGAUGCCAACUCGAUCCUGGCAAGCAUUCACACUUUCGACCCUAACACAGGAUGCGAUGCUGCUACUUUCCAGCCAUGCUCUGACAAGGCCCUUGCCAACCACAAGGCUGUCGUAGACUCUUUCCGUGCAACUUAUUCUCUUAACAGUGGGAAGGCUGCCAACGCCGCUGUUGCUGUCGGCCGCUACAAAGAAGAUUCUUACUAUGGUGGUAACCCUUGGUACUUAUGCACCACCGCCGCUGCUGAACAACUCUACAACGCUCUCUACACUUGGAACAAGCAAGGCUCGAUCGUUAUCACUACAACCUCGUUGGAUUUCUUCAAGCAGCUCUAUUCUAGUGCAGCCGUUGGUACCUUUGCCUCGAGCACCAGCCAGUACACUGCUAUUACUGCUGCUGUCAAGACUUACGCCGACGGUUUCCUCACGAUCGUACAACAAUACCAGGGUUUCGGAGGUGCUCUCGCAGAGCAGUUCUCUCGCAGCAAUGGCUCUCCUCUUUCGGCUGCUGACCUCACCUGGAGUUAUGCUGCCAGCUUGACCGCAUUUGACGCCCGUGCUUCCAAGGUCCCUGCUUCUUGGGGCGCUUCUGGGCUUACUGUUCCUUCUACCUGCUCUACUGGCGGUGGAGGAGGCGGAGGCGGAGGAACCGUUGCCGUUUCCUUCACUGUCACUGCUACUACUGUCUUCGGAGAGAAUAUUUAUAUCACCGGUAACCAGGGAGCUCUCGCCAACUGGGACCCCAAUAGCGCACUUCUCCUAUCCUCUGCGAGCUAUCCUCAGUGGAAGAUUACCGUCAACCUUCCCGCGAAUACGAACAUCCAGUACAAGUACAUUCGCAAGUACAACGGUGCGGUUACUUGGGAAUCCGACCCUAACCGCUCGUUCACUACCCCCGCCUCUGGCACCUACAACUUGAACGACUCGUGGCGGUAA